CUUGCACUUCCCACUAAAAUCUCCCAUCUCACCCCCACCAUGGCCUCCCCACCCCCAACCCUAAUCUUUAACUACGACAUCUCCUGUCCCUUCGCUUACAUAGCCUCCACGCGCGUGCAAUCCCUCGCCAAACGCACAAAUGCAACACUCGUCUACCACCCCGUCCUCCUUGGCGCCAUCUACCGCGCCACCGCCGCGCCCCAGGGCGCCGGCGGCAGCGCAAGCGACGUCUUCAACUCGACGAAGAAAAGUGUAACAGCAACGGGUAUGCAGCGCACUUUAGCUCGCUACCAAGUCCCUUAUCACCCCCCGCCCAAACACCCGCGAAAAACGGUAAAUGCGCUGCGCAUGCUUUAUUGCGUCCCAGAGCAGGAUAAGAGGAGGGAGUUGACGGAUCGGCUGUUCCGCGCGUACUGGGUUGAGGGGAGGGAUGUAAACGACGAUGCUGUUUUACUCCAGAUUGCAAGUGAAGCCGGGGUUCAGGGGCUUGAUAAGUCGUGCUUUGCAGAUGCUGGGGCGAGGAAAGAGUUGGAGAGGGAGACUGGGCUGGCGAUUGAGAGGGGGGCGUUUGGGGUUCCUGGGUUUUGGAUUCCGGGGGCUGGUGAAGGGGGGGAAGGGAGGUUUUUUUGGGGACAGGAUCGGAUGCAUUUUGUUGAGGCGACGCUACUUGGGCUUUCGAUGGGUUCUGGGAAGGGAGGGGAAGAUGCGUGGACGCAGGUGAAGAAUUUGCGGUCGCUGCUUCCUCGUGUUGUGCAUUCGAAUCGUCUGUCUUCUACGAGUAAGCCGGCUGUCAAACUGGAGUUUUGGUUCGACUUUUCGUCGCCGUGGGCGUUCUUGGGGUACACGCAGCUUGCGCGGUUACAGCGCACAUUCGGGCCUGGGCUGGAGAUUGUGCUCAAGCCGUUCUUGCUGGGAAUCUUGUUUCGCGAGAUAGGGGCCCCGAAUAUGCCGAUGAUGGCGAUUAGUCGGGCGAAAGCGGAGUGGUCGAGGCGCGAUCAUGCAGAUUGGACGAGGUGGUGGAAUGCGGUCGAUGUGCAAGAGGGACAGCAGCAAGGUGGUAAAGGGAAAGAUGGGCCGAUCAAGUUUUAUUGGGCUGAUAAGUUUCCCAUACGGACGCCGACGGUGCUUAGAGUGGGGAUCGUGGAGCCGGCAGCGACGAAGGUUUUGUACUCAGCGUGUUGGGAGCAGAACAAAGAUGUAGCAGACGAGUCUGUACUUCAAUCUGUUCUCGAUGAAGCAGGAUUCAACGGGGCCGAUCUCAUUGCGCGCGCCAAUAGCCCUGCCAUCAAGGAGAGACUGCGGGCUCUCACGGCUGAAGCGAAGGAAUUGGGGCUUUGUGGUGCACCCACUUACCGUGUAUUGAGGCGGCAACAGGAUGGAGAGUUCAAGCCUGUAGGUGGCUUGGUGUGGGGACAAGAUGAGAUCAAUGUUGUUGAGGACUUGAUUGCUGGAUGGUCGCCUGAGGAGAGAAAUGGCCAGAUUGCUGAAGUAGGGAAGGUCAGAUAUGGGGAUGUACAAGGCGGAAAUGGAGUUAGCGCAAAGUUGUGAUCAGAGUCAUCAGGUUGUAAUUGUGGAUGGACCGUUAGAAGAUAUCAGAUAUGAACAGACCUCGGCGUAUUUCACGGCGAUUUUCAAAGUUGUC